AUGCAAGCGUCGCUGGUAUUCCGGGUUUGGAUCAUUUGUAUUGUCUCCACAUCUUUGAAGGCUGCACCACUCACUCGAAGGGCGGUCGGCUUGAGGGUACCGACUCUUCUUGAUUUAUCACAACUUUUCUCUAAUGUACGACCCGAAGCCAUCGAACUUAACAAAUCGAAGCCGAUAGCCGGACAAAAAUUGGGCGACACCGAACCGCUGGCAAAUGAACCACUCGGUGACCUGGGAAGGUCGAGCUUCACGCCUACUAAACAUAGUCCGCUCCCUGCCUCACAAUCAACAAUCUUUCAACCAUCGGAACGAACUUCUCCCCUGGAGUCUGAAGAAAUGAGAACGAGAAAUUUCAAGCCAUCCCGAUCGCAGAAAGCUACGAAUGAAAUUCCAAAAUCAUCACGACCCGAUCAGUCUCCACAUGAGCUGAAGCACGGCGUUGAAACAAAAAGACCACUCAAAAAAUUAUUCACAAACCUGAAACGUAGAAUUGAUCGGUUUUUCGAAAAGGUUCGAAUAACUUUCAAACGAGCCUUCCGUCGUGGUCAUACAUCGGGGAAAUCUAAAGAACAGGCGAGACACGACGAGCAUGGGGCCAUUGAAUUUGAACCAUCUGUUCCUCCAAUCCAAACGCUAGAACUUGCACAACCACAUGAAAAGGGAGCACUUUCAGUCCACAAUACGGGGGAAAGUGAGGUGUCUCCAUCACUUGGGUCUCGAAUUUUUUCCGUCCCGUGGAGUAUGGCCAGUUUCGUUUUGGAGAAGGCCAAGUCCUAUGUACCUCCACGUUUUGUUCCAUCAUUCUUCCAGGAAUCUGUGCCACCAACAGUGUGUAAAUCAUGUGGAAAAUUGGCUUCUGAAGGGCCACCCCCAAAAUCUUUUGAGGAAGCGGGCCUUCAACAAGCUUCAGUCCCACAAAAUCCCCAGUUGAAGAAUCAAUUAAGAUGUCAACCCCUGCAUUUCAUGAUGCUCCAUUGGACAUAG